CCGCCUGCUCCAUGCUUCAGCUGCCGCUGUCGUAAUGUCGGUGGAACUGACUUUUCUGGGCACUGGGUCGGCCUAUCCGUCGCCGAGCCGCGGGGCCUCGGCCGUGGUGCUGCGCUACGAGGGAGAGUGCUGGCUUUUCGACUGCGGCGAGGGCACGCAGACCCAGCUGAUGCGGAGCCACCUGAGAGCAGGUAAAAUUUCAAAAGUUUUCAUUACUCAUCUCCAUGGUGACCAUCUGUUUGGUUUGCCCGGACUGCUGUGCACAGUGAGCCUCCAGUGUAGUUCUCUCCCGAACAAGCAGCCUGUUGAAAUUUAUGGGCCAGUUGGAUUAAGGAAAUUUCUGAGGGCAUGCAUGCAGCUUUCACACUCUCAGUUGGUCUUUCCAUAUGUAGUCCAUGAACUGGUUCCAACAGAAGAUCAGUGUUUUCCCGAGGAAUGGAGGCCCCCCUCUGUGCAUGGUGUGGAUGACCAGCUUCAUCCACAGGAGCUACAAGGAACAACAAUUCACCUUGACCCUCAGCAAGACUGUUAUAAUCUCUUGACUCAUGAACAAUUCACUGUAAAAGCCUUUAGGCUUUUUCAUCGCAUACCGUCAUUUGGGUUUGUAAUCAAAGAGAAAGAACGACCAGGAAAACUUCAGACUCAGAAAUUGAAAGAUAUGGGUAUUCAGCCAGGACCUCUGUAUGGGAAACUUAAAAAUGGACAGCCCAUCACUCUUAACAGUGGCGUUACUGUUUAUCCUAUGGAUGUGCUGGAAACUCCGAUUCCGGGUCGAAAAAUAUGCAUUUUGGGAGACUGCUCGAGACCGGUGGGUGAAAAGGCGAAAGAACUUUGUGCUGAUGCAGAUGUUCUGGUGCAUGAGGCCACAUUAAAUGAUAAUCAGUCUGACAAAGCUGAGGAACGCGGACACUGCACGCCAAAAACCGCUGCAGAAUUUGCAAAAUUAUGUAAAGUUAAACGGCUGAUCCUUACUCAUUUCAGUCAAAGGUACAAGCCUACUGCCCUUGCUGCUGAAGGGGAUGAUGAUGAUAUCAUCGAACUGAAGAAUCAAGCUGAACUGAUACUGAAAGGACAGGAAGUGACAUUGGCUGAAGAUUUUAUGGUGAUUGAAAUCCCUUUGAACAAGACAAAGCGACAAAUAAUCCCUCACAGUGAAACAGUUCAAUGACAGAGUAUAGAAUGUGACCAGAUGGAUUAAUAAAAUCUGUCUGCAGUUAAUUUUACAAUGGUUUUCAGGGUUUUUAUGAUGUCAUCUGUGCAAUGAGGUAACUGCUAACUCUUGAUAAUGAAUCAGAAUCAGGUUUAAUAUCACUGGUGGUGGCCCCUUUGUACCAGAUGCUGAUGCAACUAGUUAAAAUGCUCUCCAAGGAACAUCUGUAGAAAUUUAUGAGUCUUUGGUGAGGUACCAAGUUUCUUCAGAACUUCUAAUGAAAUAUAGCUGUUGUUGUGCCUUACUUGUAAUAGCAUCAAUAUGUUGAGCCUAGGAUAGAUUCUCAGAGAUGGUGACACCCAGGAACUGCUUCUGAACGAGAAACAGAAGAGGAACUAUCUGCAUUGCUUGCACCUGGUUGUGUGAUGUGGACGGUUGUUAUAAAUUUAGAAAAUUAACUGAGCAGUGGGUUGCAAGUUCUUGCUUUUACUGUGGACUCACACUGUUAACUUUGCCUUAGUCAUAGAACACUAAGCACGGAAACAGACCUUCGACCCAUCUAGUCCAUACCGAACUGUGACGGAGAGCGCAGUUUUAUAUAUACACAUACACACAACAGUGACAUUCUACUGUUGUUGUGCUGAGUGUGCGCACUUCAAUUUUCAAUGUUUUUCCCCCCUGGUAUAUUCUUAUAAAGGUUUUGGCUUUAUGAUGCCUUUCCUGCCAUACACAUAGUGGGAUGGGGAUUUGUAAAUAUGUAUAUAUUGUUUAUGUACUGUAUUUAAGUGUGGGCACGUGGCCAAGUGGUUAUGGCAUUGGACUAGCGACCUGAAGGUCGUGAGUUCGAGCCGCAUCCAAGGCAACGUGUUGUCCUUGAACAAGGCACUUAAUCACACAUUGCUUUGUGACAACACUGGUGCCAAGCUGUAUGGGUCCUAAUGCCCUUCCCUUGGACAACACCGGUGGCAUGGAGAGGGGAGACUUGCAGCAUGGGCAACUGCUGGUCUUCCAUACAACCUUGCCCAGGCCUGCGCCCUGGAGAGUGAAGACUUUCCACGCGCAGAUCCAUGGUCUCGCAAGACUAACGGAUGUCUUUACUUUACUGUAUUUAAGGUAGAUAUUUCUGUUUAUUUUGUAUUAUGAUUGUAAUUACAUUGUGGGGUGCAUCAUAUUCUAAUUCAUGUGUAGUUUUAAGUUAACUUUGUGGGUAAUUAAAGAUUGUCCUGGUGCUGAAAAUUAGGACAGUUUGCCUCAGUAGCUGGGGAGAGAGAGAUUGAGCUGCCAGGAGUUCACACUGAACAUAAUAUGCAGCUAUAAUUGUGUUUUCUGGUAGAUACCUUUUUGUAAAUAUUGGCAGUUUUCUUUUUGAUAUUUUUGUAAGUUUGAUUUUUGACGCACCGAAUAAAUACC